AUGGGGGUCAGUACGAGGCUGAAACAGGAGGCCGCUGACAAUGGCAUGUUUCAGUUGGAUCAAAUUAGAGCACCCCCACGCGUGGUGACAGUCCCCGUCGGUCCGGGAGAGAACGGCAAAGCCCUGUACAUCCACGGGCAGGACACGCGUCAGGCAGCGGAGCAGCUGCACAACCUGUACGGGUACAGCGUCCUGGUCAGCGACGUCAUCAGCCUGGACAGGAAGAUUCCGGAUCAACGGGACACAUUGUGCCUACAAGAAGAUUACCCUGACGACCUGCCCCAGGUGUCGGUUGUGAUGAUCUUCUAUAACGAGGCUCUGUCCGUGGUGCUCCGGUCUGUCCACAGCGUCAUGAACCAGUCUCCUCCGCACCUCAUCAGGGAAAUACUCCUGGUGGACGACUUCAGCGACAAACCUGACCUAGCGUUUCCCCUCGAAUCCCACAUCUCGACCAACACCAAACUGCGGGACAAAGUAAAGAUCCUGAGGAACACCAAACGGGAGGGUUUGAUCCGGUCCCGUCUGAAGGGGGUGCAGCAGGCCCAGGGUCCGGCUGUCGUCUUCCUGGACUCGCACAUUGAGUGCACGCCUGGGUGGUUGGAGCCUUUGCUGGCACGUAUACGGGACAACAACAGCACUGUGGCGUGUCCAGUCAUUGACCAGAUCGACACAAAAACAUUUGCUUACGAACAGCCGAACUACUUGGCCGGUGGAUUCUCCUGGGAUCUCACCUUCAUCUGGAUAAACGUCAACAAAGAAGAAAUGGCGAGACGAAAAUCAGCCAUAGAUCCACUAAGAUGCCCUGUUAUGGCAGGCGGGCUCUUCGCCAUCUACAAAGAUUACUUCCAACACAUCGGAGCCUACGAUCCGGCCAUGGAGAUAUACGGCGGAGAAAACGUCGAAAUGUCUUUUAGGGUAUGGCAGUGCGGAGGUCGGAUUGAGACGGUACUGUGUUCCCAUGUGGGGCACAUUGAGAGAACUGCCAAGCCCUACCUGAGCUUCAGGUCCGAUGACACCAAGGACAUCGACAUAGAAGUCAACAAGGUUCGCGCGGCCGAGGUGUGGAUGGAUCAGUACAAACGAUACCUGUACGGAAGAAAACCCUACUUGAAGAACAUUUCCUACGGAGACAUCAGUGAGCGGCAGGCCUUACGGAAGCGUCUUGGUUGUAAGAGUUUCCAGUGGUACUUGGAGAAUGUGUACCCGGACAGACUGGAGCAGACUGUGGAAAGUGGCUUCUACAGGGCCUGGGGCGAGCUGCGGAACGUCCAGACAGGCCUGUGUUUGGACCACAUUGACGGACAAGGAGUCGGACUAUGGGACUGUCAUGGCCAUGGUGGACCUCAGCUUUGA